GCCUACGUCAAGGAUGCACGGAGGCAGCAACUGUUUACGCAGCACGGAAACGACCAGUUGCGGGCCGCUGUUGAAGAGGUCGAGGAGCAAAACGAGGACAAAGUUGUGCUGUACCACGUGUUGCCGCUGAGCGGUUACCUGAUGGCCUGGCUGGUACAUGGCAUCACGGCCAAGGAGAGCCUGGCGUGGAGGAACAUACCGGGCGUUUCUGCUGAGCUGAAAGUCAGUCUCCGCCACUUUGAGCCUGGCAUGAGCUUUACCUCUUUCACCCUGAACCUCGGCUGGACAGUUCGUUA